UAAAAAACAGCAAGCUGCUAUUGUUUGAGAGGCUAUAGGAAGGUGGACGAGGAGGUUGCUGCAGAGGAAGUUGCUACUUCAAGGAAAAACGACUCCGGACCACUGAACCACAAAAAAUGCCGGUGAUCAAUAUAGACGAUCUAACGGAAAAGGAUAAAUUAAAAAUGGAAGUUGAACAGCUCAAGAAAGAAGUGAAACUUGAAAGACAGCUGGUUUCUAAAAUGUGUGAAGAAAUCAAGACAUAUAUUGAGGGAAACUCUGGAGAGGAUCCAUUGGUAAAGGGUAUUCCUGAAGACAAGAACCCCUUUAAGGAGAAAGGAGGCUGUGUGAUUGCUUAAAAAUGUCUUCUAGGACUGUUAUUGCCAGUCAAGUGUUAUAUUUUAGAUUACGGAACUCUACUUAUACAUGAAUAAAACCCAGUGCUAAUAUGGCAUGGACAUUGGCUGAAGGACUACAUGUAAAUGUAUUAAGAUAAUUUGCUCCAUUGCACUCUACAUACGUCAAUACUCUCCUUGGGUUAGAAACCGGAAACCCACCAUGUCAUGAACGUAACCCUAGUCUCCAGGUGUAACAUAUUGCUUUGCAGGUUGUACUAGUUUGUUUUAUUAAAACACAUCUAUAAAUCCAAUUAAUUCCUGUACUUUUAUAUUAGAUAAAUAAAGGAGAAUAUGGUGGUGUGUUGGGUUGACAUGU